AUGGGCAAUAGUGUGCUCAGGCGAUACCGGACACAGCCAGAGGCCAACAACAAUGAUGCAUGGCGCAAGCCAAAGGCAUCGAAGGCCAACGCUGCCAAAGACAAGGACAAGGCUCCGCUACCUGCGGAUGGCUCAAAGGUGGCACAGACUUGGCUCAGAGCUGGAGUCAAGAGUGUUGCUACCACUGCCCCAAGCGGAGGAGCCCAUUCUUCAAAGUCUGCACCGGACAAGGAAGAUGAUGACGACCUUGCAGAAUUUUCCAACUUGGCCGAUGCUGCAAACAAGGCGUGGGAGAAGACCAAAGAAACCGCGGUGAAGGUCGAGUGCUGA